CAUGUAAACAAAGUUAGAACUUUGAAACAUAUUCUUUAAUCUAAAAUUUUCCAAUUCUAAGGAUUUAUUUAGAAUAUGGAAGAAUCUUCGAAAAUAGCAAAGAACGCUAUCCUCGAGGCUUUAAAUUUCAAUAUAAGUUCUUCUAAAUCGAAACGAGAUAUCGUAGAAAAUAAAUUCUUUAAUUGCAUUUUUUGCGAACAUGUUGAGCAACAUCAGAUCAACUCAUCAAACAAAGCAAUUCUUAAACAUUUAUACAUGGAACAUCGUCUAGUGAUUGCUGAUGUUGAAGACGUUUUCGAUCUACAGGAAUAUCUUAAUUAUUGGAAGAAAGAGUUUACAGGAUAUCAACCUGAGGAAUACUGUACAUCACUUUUAUGGAAACAGAAACCUGAUGGAACGAAGACAGAACAUGAUGAAAAAUAUUUCUUAUUAAGUGAUAUUCUACCAAAAGAUAAACAAAUUCGUGAAGAAAUUCAAAGAAAAACUCUAGAAAAAGUUCUCGAAAGGCAUCAAUUUGAAAGAGUUGAUGACAAUUUCAUCAGAGGCUGUUUGUAUUGUCGAAACAGUUUAGAAACAACAAGAUAUAGUUAUGUUGAACAUCUUUUUACAAAACAUUUUCUGCAACUUGGAAAACCUGAAAAUUUGGUGUUUAUUGAUGAGCUUAUCGAUUUGAUUGAGGAUAAAAUUACAAAUCUGAUUUGCAUUUAUUGCGAAAAAGUUUUUAAAGACCGUCCAAUAUUGAAAGAGCAUAUGAGAAAGAAAGGACAUAAACGAAUCAAUCCUGAAAAUAAAGCUUAUGAUCGAUUCUUCAUGUGCAAUUACAAAAUUAAAGAAAUUUCUAAAACAAAUCAUGAAAGAAAAUUUUACAAUCUAAAAUCUAGUGAGAGAAGACAUAGAGAAUAUCGUGAAGAAGCCAAUUUGUUCAAUGAUGACGAUAACAGCGAUUGGUCUGAUUGGAUGGACAAUGAAAAUGAAGUUGAAAUUAUUUGUUUAUUUUGCGACUUCAAAGAGACCGAUUUUGAUCAUCUGAUAAAUCACAUGACCACUGCUCAUUCGUUUGAUUUUAAUGAGCGCACAAGAAGUUUGAACUUUUAUCAGAAAGUUAAGAUGGUCAAUUUCAUCCGUAGGAAAAUUCAUCUUAAAGAAUGUCUUAUGUGUGAAGAAAAUUUUGAUUCUACUGAGUGCCAAAUGAAACAUUUGAUAGAUUCAAAUCACAUGAAGUGCAUUGAAAAGAACUUCGACAAACCAGAAUUCUUUUUUCCUACAUUUGAAGACGAUUCAUUUCUUUGUCAUCUUGACAAUUUCAAUGAAGUCGAUGAAGUCUCUGAUGAUUCAGGAACCGUUGUUAUAUCUGAAGAUAGAAUCACAAUUGUUAAUGAAGCUGCUGAAAUGUUAUCAAAAGAAAAAUUCAUUGAUAUUUGAAUAAAGAAUAAUUUAAUUGCA